UUUCGCUUUCAUUGUGGAUUUCGGUGCGCGACUGACGAGAACUCUAAAAAAUGGGCGAAAAUCCAAUCGUUGUGUAUUGAAUUGAGGGCAGAAAAGUUUUGCAGAUUAUCGUGAAAACAUUUGCUUUAGCAAACGACUAAAGUCAAAUGCAAUUAUUACUUCUAUAAGUGCGCAAUCUAUUGAUAUUUGCAAUUAAUACGAAGUUUUGGGUGUUGCACUCACAAAGCGAGAAAUUAAAGAAAAAAAUAGAAACUAGAAGAGGGGUGAAAUCGCGAAGCGGAAAGUUCCAAGUUGUCGGUGGAAGUGGAAAAAAGCAAAGUAGUGACGAAGAAAACGCGAAAACAAAAAAGUACGAAACAAAGCAAAAAUUAAAAUAUUUAUAGAAAAUAUCGUCAAUUAAAUACUAAAAGUAUUUGAAAAUAUACCUUAAUUGGAAUGCUGUUCGCAUUUGCAGUGCAAAUUUAACAAAAAGAAGACAUUUAUGUAAAUCACAUAAAUUUUUCGUAAUUUGACAUCGAAGAUGGGUACAAAAGAGGAAAUACCUGGGAAAGUGGGCGCUACGCCUACAUCAACGAACGUGUCUGCUGAUAAUAAAAACUCCAAUAUAACAAAUGACGCGCAUCAAGAACAGCAAACACAACAUGUUCAACUUCCAAAAGCUUCUCCAGCGCCGCCAGUGAUCAUUGUGCCUGCAUCUCAAACAACUACUGCAGCAACUAAUGCCGCCAAGAAAAUUAGGCGUGCUUUCUCUAUGCCAAGGAAUCCUUUCCGGUGGUCGCGCAAAUUCAAAACUUCCAAUUCGACAGCAGACAAUGGUAGUAGUGCUGGUGGCAGCAAUUCUGCGAUAUCGUCUUGUGUUGGUGGUGGACGUGGGCGCGCCGGUAGUAUCGUUUCACUUAGUAGCUACGAAGCCAUUUGUAAGGACACUAAUGGUGGUGCAGUAAGUGGCGCACGUGAAUCUAAUACGAGCGGUAGUAUCAAAAGAGAUGCUAUUGGCAAAGUUGGCGAACAGAAAAUAGUGAAUGGUAAACCAGUUUCCUGUGGAAAUGAGAGCAACAAUAACAGCGGGACCACCAAUACAAAUCGUGUUCUAAGACGCUCAUCUUUCAGGAAAUUUCUAAACCGUAUUGCACAGCAUGUCAGCACGUCAAUUAAUGUAGGGAAAGAAAGUUCAGCGCAUAAAACAACGGGAAUAGUGCCUUUUUACACCGCUUGCUGGCGCAGAAAAAAGGCGAACAAAAACGCCACUGUGUCCAUAUCCACAACAGCCGAUCGCGUGCCACCCAUCGGCAACUACCAGUGGCCGGCUGACCAGACACCUGGCGUCAUGGGGCUCAAAAAUCACGGCAACACAUGUUUCAUGAAUGCAGUGCUGCAAUGUCUCAGUCACACCGACAUACUGGCGGAGUAUUUCGUUUUGGAUCAGUACAAGGCCGAUUUAAAGCGACGCAACAAAAUCAAUUCACGCAAAUUUGGUACCAAAGGAGAGUUAACCGAACAGCUGGCCAAUGUGCUAAAGGCGUUGUGGACAUGCAAGAAUGAGAGCGAUCACAGCACGAGCUUUAAGGCUGUUGUCGAUCGCUAUGGUUCACAAUUUCGUAGCUCAACACAACAUGAUGCUCAAGAGUUUUUAUUCUGGCUGCUGGAUAAGGUGCACGAGGACCUCAAUACGGCUACGAAACGGCGUUAUAAAAGUGUAAAGAACUCAUACGGCCGCCCGGAUGAGGUUAUCGCCGCUGAAACUUUAGCCAACCACAUUCGCUGCAACAAUUCGUUUGUGCAGGCAGUAUUCCAAGCACAAUUCCGUUCGUCUCUCACAUGCCCACGCUGUAAAAAGCAGUCAAACACAUUCGAUCCGUUCCAUUGCAUUUCGGUGCAGCUGCCGCAAUUGAUGCAGCAGACGAUCUUUGUAACCGUCGUGUAUUUGAAACGGGACCCGCGUCAAGUGAAGAUCGGUAUUAGUGUGCCUACAGGUUCACCAAUUGUCGCUUUACGCGAACAAUUGCAGGCUGACACUGGCAUACAGGGCAAACAUAUGGUAUUAGUUGACAUCAGCAAAGAGGGUUUUACGCGCGUUUUCUACGACUCACAACCGGUGGCAACGCUAAGUGGCAUCGAAACAAUCUACUGCAUUGAAGUUCCCGAAGCAAAGAUUGCGUCAUUAACAGGUACAACAACACCGGCUAAAGUGGACACCGAAAAGUGUGACACGAGUCGGAGCAGCAAUCCCAAUUCCAAUCAAAGUACAGAGAAAAAUGCUGCAACAACGGAGGUCAUUAAAAAUAAUUCGACAGGCAGCACUGCCAAUGCAACCACGAAUGGUGCUAAGAACACCACGAACUCUUCGUCUACUGCCAACACCACUAAUGAACUACUCUUGUUAGUGGCGAAUGUGCAUAAGCGCAAAACGGAUAUUGAAAAUAAAAAGACACCUAACGGCGAUAGCUCACAGACACAUUCCGUGGAACGUUUCGGUAUGCCAUUCAGCUUGCUAACAACCCGAGAUUGUUCUUAUGUUGAUUUACAAAAGCGACUAUUACGCGAAAUGACGCCAUUACUGAAACCGGAGGUUUUCUCGAGUGCAAAACCGAUCAGUGAUAUGUUUCAGAUGCGUCUACAAGAUCCGUCCGCAGAUCCAGACACAUAUUUACAUAAUGUGGAACAUCCAUUGCUAACGGAGAUGAUCGACUUGGCAUUAUCCGUGCUUUCAGCUGAAGCUGGACCACCGCAUAUAAAACUUUUAUUAGAGUGGACUGAGCCAGACGAAUACUUUGUGGAUCUGAGUGAUACAGUGGUCGAAGAUGAGAGUGUGGCUCGUUUGGUCGAUGUUGGAAAGCUGAAAGCGACUAAUGACACGCCCGUACUUACUUUAGAGCAAUGCCUGGAGCACUAUACCAAAGCGGAAACCUUAAGCGCCGAAGAUGCUUGGCGCUGCCCACACUGUCAGCAAUAUUUACCGGUGGUGAAGACACUUGGUCUGUGGUCACUACCCGACAUUUUGGUCGUGCAUUUCAAGCGAUUCCGACAACAUCACGAAAAGGGUGCCAAUGCAGCCAAACUCACCACUAUGGUGAAAUUCCCCUUGAAUGCAUUCGAUAUGUCUCCGCAUUUGGUGCGUGGUGUGGAAGAAGAGAAUGGCCCGCGUACAAGUCUUAGUGCUGCAGCUGCCAUGGAUAAUGGACCACUCUCUCGAUCAAAUCCAUGGAAAAAGUCUCGACCAGGAGAUUCGCGUUCCUCAACACUUAGUUCGCGCGAUAACAGAGAAACCCGUUAUGAUUUGUACGCAGUAUGCUAUCAUCAGGGCGACACUCUUGAAACGGGUCACUAUACAGCCGCGUGCAAAAAUCCAUAUGACAGGCAGUGGUAUAAAUUUGAUGAUCAGCGAGUCUCUAAAGUACCCGACACGUCAAUCGAGGAGGAGAUUAUUAAUAAUGAGGCUUAUAUGUUAUUUUAUCAGCGUCGUGUCGGAGAUGCAGCUGAAUGCUCCGGCUCUAGUUCGAAUUCGGGUGAUCAUUGGGUUUCCCGAAUUGCACCACCACCCAAUAUGACAGUUGUGGAAAAGAUAAGUGCUGCGGAGGAAAAAGUUAUCGAAGAAGAUAUAUCUGAAGAUAAAAAGAACAUCGAAGAAAUCGCGACCACAGCCAUAAUAGAGCCAUUACCAGAAAAACCCGAAGAAAAACCAAUUGAUAUACCUAAAUUAAAGAAAGCUGGAAAUGAAAACGAAAUCGUUGCUGAAGUGAAAAUAGAGACAUGCCCAAUGGUUGUGAACAAUGAAAAUAUUUCUGUCGAUAUCGAAACUCUCGAAUUUGCUGAUUCAGAAUCAGUUGCGCUUGACGAAGAUAUACCUGUUAUAGGCACAAAUGAAGUCAGCGUUUUGAAGACAUCUAGUAUACUAACACCAAAUAAAACAGUAGAAACGGUGAACAACAGUGUUGGCGAAAAUCAGAUCUUUGCCAUGGACGAAGACUGCCAAAUUGAAGAAAGUUCGUCACAGGCAACAGUAGAACCCUCAACGAAUAAUACAACUACGCAGAUCAAGUCACAAAAAUCGCCGUUAACGCUACCGAAAACAACGACUGUGGCAGAUGUAAAGGCGGAGCCAGUAGUUUCUUCCAUAGCGUCAAAUUCGCCAAUUGAAAUCACAACUACAAAAGUAUUAACUAAUGGCUACACUAAAGAGGACUCUAAAUCGCCCAAACAAAAGUUGAAUAUUACGCCACCGGUUGUAAAUGGUAAACCAAAGAGUCCGGCAACAACUGUCAUAGCGACAAAACCAAUUGCUGCCGCUAUUAAUGGCAAUCGCGUUAGGAAUUCCUCAACAUCUUCCUCCAGUUCUUCCUUGUCGUCUCAUUCAUCGCCACACUCGUUGGCCGUGUCCAUACAUGGCGCAUCGACGCUACAAAAUAAGUUCAACGGCUUCACCACAACAUCAGCCACUGCGAGCAGCAACUACAAAGAGGUAUUGCUCUCGAGCAGUCUGAAGAGUAACAGUAGCAGUAUUAUUAGCGCUGCAGUGGCAGCGCACACAGCCCACGAAUUCCACUUAACACGCCAUCAGCCAUGGAACGGCAGUCGUUCGAGUGUCUCCGCGCUGGAGAGCGGAACACAAACAAACAAUCAUCAACACAUGCACGGGCUCAAUUUACGGCACUCGUUCUCAACGAGCUCUAAUUGCAAAUUGCGCGAAUGCAGUGAGACGCUUUCGUCGAUGUUGCGCAAUUCGAGCAAUACUUGCAGCAAAGAUACGCUGAUAUUUAUCGAUCAGCAGAAUCAUCAUCAUCACCACCACAGUUUAAUCGAAGAUGACGACGAUACGUUCAUGGGCAGUCGAUCGCUUUGGAUUUCACCGGUAACGCCACACAAACUAAUAACGGUAUCGCCCAAAAACUAAGCUGUCGCUCGUUCGCUGCAAGUAACCUACUUUGAGUGGGAUAUUUGACGGUGUAUGCCAAAAGGGUAUAUGCCAUUGAAUGCACUUAAAUCGCAAGUGUAAGAUUUAAGCGAGUUUACAAUUACUUUACAGUUAAGCAUAUAGUGACCAAAUUUAUAUAAAUUAUUUACAUUGUAUAUAUGCAUUUGAUAUGUACAAUACGUAUGCAUGUGGGCUUUAGCUGACAUUUAGUUAUGUACAAACGAAUGUCGCGUAUGUAUCGACGCCUGAAAAGCGCGCUUAGAGGCAAACAAAUGCGAAAUGCAAAAAAUGAAUUAGCAAUAGAAAAUUUAUAAAACAUUAUUGUUGCGUACCAGUGUAGUGAGUAGGUUGAAAGAAAGUGCAGAGUUAUGAAAUUAAUAUAAUAAAUACUCGUAUACGACGUUGAUUCCGAGCUGAGAAGCGUUGCAAUUGCAAGCAGUUGGCUUAUUGAUUGUUGUUACAGUUUACACAAAUUAAACGAUAAAUGCAAGGAGCUGUGCAGCAGUAAUGCCAGUUCGCUGUAUACUCGUAUAAAUUAAACUUAAGUGGUGAACAAGUAGCUGACAUAUGGCUUUGCCGAAGCGUGUUAGAUUGAAUUUGAAAAUGAAAAUGCAAAUGAAACAUGAUAUGUGUGUAUAAUAACGCGUGAACAUGUUAAUUAUUAGAAGAGUGUAACAAUAUAUUAUUUAGUGCUGUAAGCAAAAUUUUAUAAAAUAUGUUUAUAUUAAUUAUAAUAAUUAUGUAAAGCCGGGUACAAGACUAUUGAAACAAUAGCAUUACGAUACAGUUCAUAGAUUCAUAGAUAUAGAAAUGGUUGCUUAGUCUUCUGAUUUAGCGAACGGAACGACCGCUAUUAGAAAAUGAAAUGCCUUUUCUCUCCGACGAUUUUCAGUGUUAUCGCAGUGACUCACAGCGUCAUAACCAAAGCAUUUGAAAUGCUGCUAUACAUAUAUACAUGUGUGUAUAUUUGCGAUUACAACCUCCCAACUAUACUUAUAGAUAAGCUCAAUUAUAACUGAUUAUAUUUUGAACAUCUUAAACUCAAAGUCACACGUGUGAUUUCUGAUAUUUCGUCAACUCUUCAUAUACCUACAAUUGAACUAUUUCGUUUUAAACUGAAGAUAAGUAAAAAAAAAAACAAUCGUAUACCUUUAUGUAACAAGUAUAUAUUAUUUGGCAGUCAAACUCUGCUAUCAUAAUUACCAAAUAUUUUUAACUUUUAUUUGUUUAAUAAGUCUACAAUUUCAAGUAGCCUCAUUUAUUUUUGUUAUGGAUUUUACACAAAAUGACGCAAUAAAUGCAAUACAACUGUAUGUACGAACGAAACGAAGUAAUAUGUAGCUAUUACAUAGCAUUAUAUAUACCAAUACAUAUAUAUAUAUAUAUCUAUGUAUACGUAACUUAGCACCUUGCAAUAAGCUAAAAACCAAAUGUAAACACUUCAGCGUAGAUUUUAAAUUAAAAUCAAAUAUAUAUACAUAUAUAUAUAUAUAAAUGAAGCAUAUAAGUAUAUAUUAACAUAAAAGAAUAUUAAAGACUUUGACUAAACUUUGUUUAUAAAAUGAGAAAAGUAAUAAUUAAACAUUAAUGUAUUCAUAUAACUUUAUUUAUCAGAAAUGCAAUUAAAGUAAACGUUGUUAAAAAUGAUGAAAUCUAUUUAAGGUGAGAUGAAUUGGAAAUAAAAGUGAAAAUACAAGCCAAAUUUUGAAAACUGUUUUUCGUAUACCGUUAAUAGAUGACAAUUACCUACUUAUCACACCUUUUCCAAUUUUAAGUAUAAACACGUUUCAGCAAAGUGAAGUAAGUAUAGGAGGCGUUGAGUAGGGACUGGAAAAGCUCCAAAGUAAUAGGCUGAGUAUUGCCAACCAUUAUCUGAAAAUGCAAACAAUUCCAUAAUACGCUCAUGUGUGUAGUGAAAGAAAGUGCAAUUCUACCGCUGGUGGCUUUUGAGCGCGCAAGAUCAUCAAGAGAAUAUACUUUUGCACUGGUAUCGGAAAGGUGAACCAUUCUGUGUCGUAGGCCGCAGCAGCGAUUGCAAGAUUCUGCGCAUAUAAAAAGUUAACAAUAUAAAAUAAAAAUGUCAACAAAUGCCAUAGAGCAAAUACCUGCUCGCGCAGUUCGUUCGCAUACCAAUACAGUGACAGUAUCUGUGCAAAUAUCAUGGCAAUGUAGGCGCAAACUAUAAUCGCCUGCGCUGAGGAGUCGACCUAGAAAGCAAAUUGAUAAAAUAUUUCCGACCACAUAAGCCACUUACAAUGAUUAGCAGGAAUAGGAGAGCACACAACAGUGUGCCGAAGGCGAGGAAUUCCAAGAGGAAGAUAUAAGUCGUCAAUGAGUUUACGCGUGCGAUGUAACUGCAGGAGAAUACAUACAUAUAUUUAAAGCACUUGUUUAGAAAAUACACUGAAUUACUCUAUAAUGCACAGUUGAUAGCGUAUGCACUCUCUAACAUGCUUGCGAAUGAGCGGUUCAUCGUGCCUCACGCGGUGCAACGUCUUCAGCCGAAACUGUAAGGCCUUGCACAUCACAAUGCCGAACAUGAUACAACCGACGAUCAAACUUGUGUAGGGAAUGUACAUGCAACAGCCCAUGGGCGUAAUUAUCAUUUGAUAGAAAUACCAGAACUCGUAGAAUGGACUUUUGUAUUCGUCCACGCCCGGAAUCAUGCUGCCGAAGGGCAAAACUUUACACAAACACAACAAAAAGAGAAUUUGUGAGUUAAUUGCAUGUUUAUAUAAUACUCUCACAUUCCUAAAAAGGGGGGAUCUUACCUCUUUCGUUGACAAAGAACGGAUAGAAACCAAAACCAAAGCAAGUGAGCAGCCCCAGAAAGAGAUUGCCUUGUGCCAUGUAUUUUCCGGUCUUGUUGACUUCUGCCAGCAGGUCUUGUAUAUAAAAAUCCUUUGAUUGCUAAUGAAAUUGUGAGAAAACAGUAAAAAAUAAAUACCCGAGCAAUACAGGUUUUUAAAAAAUUUUAAUAACAGACAUGAACCCAUUCGCUUGAGUAAAAAAAUAAAAUAUUUUUUCUGUACCCAAGCGAGUACAAUGGGACCGAAUGGGUUAAAAUCCGAUUAGCGGUCCCAACUUCUUCAGAGAUCAAAACAGAUACUUUCAUUUUCAUCCAUACCUUUUUAAUCAUAAUAAUCGUGUUUAGCAAUUCCGUUAUAUCAAUAAAAAAUAACGAAUUCAAACCAAUUACCCACACUCACCUUCAAGUCAAAGUUAAACUUCUCCAAAUCGCUCAGCAACUUUUCGUACUUUUCGCGAUCGUACAGCAAAAGGUAAGCCCGAAGUAUGGUGUUGAACCAUAAAACCAACAUGUAAGAAUUCCUUAUUAUGGAGACGAUGCCUUCACUGGUGCGGAACAUAUAGUAGAGCUGUGUGAAAACCAAAAACGUCGUCAUCGACAGACAAACAUAACGUCGCCAGGUGUGCUCAUAGAUCAGUGACCAGAAACGUAAGAUUCGCACACUCAUAUGGAUCAGUUGAAGAUCAUCGAACAUGUUGCUCACUUUGCUCUCUUCUUAGUUUAGGUAAGUGCUUAAAGUAGACUUACUAGGAACUAGCUUUAUUCUAAUCGGCUAUUUGUUUUUAUACGAAAAUAUGUAACGGUUGUUUGACCUUCAAGGUAUAAUUUGACUUCAAACAAAUUGGUGGAAAUUAUCAUUAAUAAGAUGGGCGUACUUCAAUUAAAUGAUAUGGCGAUUUUCAUGCAACACUGCGAGAAAUGUUCUUAAGUUUUUUUUUUAAUUUACGGGCUGCAUAACCCCAUGUUCGUUGAUCUCAUAAUCGCACUAAGAAUACUCGUACUGUAAUUUGACCUAUUCAUCUUACUUUCACUCUUACUUUUUUUAGCGAUCUAAUAGUUACUAUAAAAUAUAUAUUUUAUAUAUGGAAUACCAAGUAUCCCUUGAAAGCCAACGAUUUUUCUCAUUGUUUUGAAUUGGCAAAGCAAAAUUGUGCCUUAGGUAAGAGAAUAUUUUUAGGUAUGUGCAUUUGCAAGAACAGAAUACGUAAUAGUGAAAAAUUCAAAGUCAUGCAAUUUAAUUCAGCAAAUACCAAUAGUACCCAAUUCAAACAGGACUCACGCGUCAAUACCCCCGUGACAGUCAUUGUUUCAAAGCACCCAUGACCUUGAAGUCAAACAUAGAAUACUCAACAGGUGCUUCUUUAUAGUAACCUAUAACGGGAAUUACAAAAUUCACAUUUGGAGAGACCAUUUGUAAUAUUUUUUUAUUAUGUAAAAUUUUCAGCUGGAUUCAUUGCCUGUAGCAGCCGCUAAGGUUAGAUGUAUUUUUCUGAGAUUAAAAGCUCACACUUCGUUGCUUGUUCCUAUUUCCCAAAAUAAAGAGAACCUUAAAGGGCCGUCGUUUUACAAGCAUAGAUGAAAUCGUUCAAAGAGCUCAAGAAUAUCCCCAAAAUCCAGUUUGAGUAGUUUUUCGAGGAGUGGAAGAAGCGUUGGCAUAAGUGCAUAAUAUCGAAUGAGGACUAUUUUGUAGGGGACAACAUUAAGGUAGACGAGUAAGUAAAUAUUUUUUCAAAAAACGAAAAUUUCCGUUAUGUUUUCGUACGACGCAUAGGCAAUGAUUAAUAUAAGAAUAUAAGGCGUUCGAAAGUAUAUAUAUAAGACGGGUUUUGGGACAUAUGUUCCAAAAGGCUAUAGACUACCCAAAUCUGAUAGUGAUCAGCUGGUGAUAGGAGAAGAAAUGUAGGCUUCCUUUAUUUUAGUUAAAAAGUAGAAAAAACAUAAGGUUCCGUUUAAAAUUAUAAUUUGGCGACAAACUUUUAAACAACACUGUCUGUAGAACGAAAACUUAGUGGCUCCGCAUUGAGACAUAUUUACAUACAUACAUAAAUAUUCCAAUAGCGUUUGUAGGCAUUUAGUUAAUGUGUACUCGUACGCAGCACCAACGAAGAAAGUGCAAAGAAAUGCAAGAAUUUCUCUUCAAAGCCAAAAGAAGUGAGCGCAAGCGAAGAAAACUCCAGCAGAUCAACUUGAAGCGGCCUGAAACACGCCAUGGCAUUGGCAUUGCCGAAGAGACAUUGGAAGCCAGCACAACACAACAGUGGCUGAUGAGAUGGAAUUCCAUGGCCUCGACAAACGGUUUCUUAUUGUGUUGUGCUGUGCGCCACAUCCAGAGGUUCAAUGUUUAGGUCGCUCAUAUGAAUAAUUCAGUUGAGUGGCAGCUUUUGACGGAACUUGUUCUACUUUCUGCAAUAAAAACGGAAUUGUAAACGCUCAAGUGAUUUCAGAAAUUCAAGGAAAAGUGUUGAACAAACAACUACAAGAGAGGUGCAACUGAGUUCAAGUAAAAUAAAUAAGUAAAUACAUUAAAAAAAAAA